UCUCUCUCUCUCCCUCUCUCCACUUUCGGUUCCACCCUCCACUUGACUGCUGAACUGAGACUGGACAACUGUUUAGUCAGGAGAGCGCACAAAGGGAUGAAACAGACUUUUUUUUCAGAGCUCAUUUGGACCUAAGCAAUUUUGUUUUGUUUUUUUUUCUUAUUGGGACACUAGUCAUGUCUGAGAGUAUUGUGAGGAAGGUGCAGCCCUUUACCAUUGGGACAAGGCUGUCAGCUCCUGCUGUGGCAAAAUGUCAGGAUUUUACACAGAGUUAUCUGCCCGGCGAGACUCUGGAUAACUGUGUGCUGCAGCACAAUCUGAACUCGCUCUACCUCAGUGGAUCACAGGUGUGUGCACAUGGCCCCUGUCUCGUCUCGCCGAUUGUCAAGCAGGUAGCCCCCGUGAAACACAACCAAGACCGGAUGGCAGCAGAGGACCAGCUGAACCAGAAUGUUGCCUCUGCCUCUGCUGUCUCCAGAUCAAUAAAGAAGAUCACAAUCUCUGGGAACAAAGACAGGCCAGAGAACAAGAUGACAGCAGAGCCUGCAAUUACACGGUGCACUUCUGAAAACAACAAUAACAACAACAACAUCAGCAGCACAUCAGAAGUACAUCUGCCAAGGAUAGUGGGUGUGAGCUGUGAGAAUAAGCCCACUUCUCAAUUUAAGGUUUUACUCAAAAAAGAGAGCAGCGACGAAUUUCAGCCCAUGCAGGGACAAACCAGACCGAAAGUGAACAGAGAGAAAUCCCUACAACAGAUAUCAGUACCUGAACCGCAGGAGGACGAGCCUCAGAGGAAAGAAAGCCAUCCACGCACACCGAUUGAAGGGUCGGCAGCUGUUACACCCCCAAGUGACUGCUUCACUCAGCGCAACUCACUCUUCAGCAAGGAAGUACUGCAGGCUGAGGCGUGGAUCAAAGGCAAGCUACAGGAUUUGAAGGAUGGAUGUAAUAUUCAGUGCUGCCCCCUGGAGGAUUGGGAAGACGCCUCACAAAUGCUUCAGAGAGAUCUUAAAGACUUUGAGAACACCCUGAUUCAACUCAACCAGAUGGGUGAGCAGCUGAUCUGUAAACUGAAUCCCACAUCUGAUUUGGUAAAGAAGCAGCUCGGUCAGCUCAGGGACCAGUGGCAGACCCUCAAACAGAUGGCUGCAAAUCAGAUGAGGGCCCUAGGAGGAGCCAAGAACCUGCAGGAAUUCAACAAAAAGGUGGACAAGCUGGAGGCAUGGAUUAAAGAGAAGCAGGAAGAGGAACAGUGUCUGGUGAAUGUCCUGGGGGAAAAUGUUGACAAAAUGCAGUUGACUAGAAGAAUUUUAGAUCUGAAACAGGAUGAGCAGCUACACAGAAAUCUCCAUGAGGAAAUCAACAACUUGGCACUGAAACUGGAGAAACAAGGGAAGACAGAUAGCAAAAACAUAUCCAGCAGGAGGAAACACAUCAAUAAAAUGUGGCUGAAGAUGCAAUCGCAUCUGAAAAACUACCAUGAAAAUCUUCAUCUGGCCCUGGAAGUGUCCUCAUUUUACCAGCAGGCUGAUAAUAUAUUAUUUGCUAUAAACAGCAUGAGGAAAAACAUGUCUGUAUUGAAAGACGUGGACAGCUUUGGAGAUAGAGAAAUGCGUGAGAUCGCCAGUCAGAUCAUGAUGCUUGAUGUGAGUGUAUCCCAGCUGUCGAAUCUCCAUCCCACCCUGGCUGCCAGUGUCACACGGAAGCAGAGUGAGGUGAAGGAUUGCUGGGCACUUCUUCAGAAGCUUUUCAGGAGUGACAAGACCACGCACUCUCUCUCUGGCUCCACUUUCACCAGGGAAGAUUCUGACCUCCUGACACUGGCCCAAGAACCCCAGUGCAACAUGGGAAUGGAGGCAAAUGGUAUCAUGGGAAAGGAGGUGAAGGAGGAGAAGAAUCAUCUGAAAGGCUGUGCAAGUACUGCUGAUGGUGGGAGUGGUAGACGAACACAGAGCUGCCAAAGCCAGGAGCAGCAAUCAGUGAACCACACCUCUUUACCAAUGAGAGACAGCCCUGUCUGCACUGAUGAUGCUAUCGUAGGAAAUCAAUUGAAGGGGGAAAGCAGGGAGCCCAGAACAGAACCCAAGAUUGCCACCCCCUCUCCAGGCCACCCACAGCUUCACAUACAGCUUCAGAGGUUCACUGUGUCUGCUGACAAGACUUUGUCAUGGCUCAAAGACAACGUGUCCAUGGCUACACAGGUGUGUUCAAUAGCCAGUUUUGAGGGGCUGGAAGCAGCAAAGAGGUGUCAGCAAACCGUUGAGCAGGAAAUCCUUAACAACCGAGCCAGGAUAGAGGUGGUCAAAAAGGAGGGCCACGGGCUGGUCCGGGCACAGCACCCGGGAAGCACAAAGAUUGAGGAGUUCCUUGGCCAGCUGGAAGUCCUGUGGGAAGAACUGAGGAAGAGACACCAAAGGAAUGCUGUCUUUCUCCAGGCCUCAGAAGAGCUGGGUUUUGGGGUUGUGAAAGUGCUCCAGGCCCUUGGCAGCUUGGAGGCCUGGCUGGAGUCUGUGGAGCUUUCCAUGAAGGAAUCUGUCUUAGCCGGUGACCCUGAAACAAUGAGCAUGGCUGAGAGGGAAAGCCGUUUGCUGGAGAAAGAGGUGGCAUCCCGCAGCCUGGAACUCAGUGCUCUGCGGCAGGAGGUGGACCGCCUUCAUAGUCACAGCCACCCACGUACACGAGGGCUACCGGCACGCAUGGAGGAGGUGGAGAAAAAGUACCACCGUGUCCAAAGUGCCCUGACCCAGCAGAGCUCUGAGCUGCAGGACACGCGCAUGCUGACUGAGUUCCUGGAACGUGUGGAGCUGGAGGAAAGCCAGGAUCUCAGUGGCAGUCAGUACAGAUUAGGGCAGCCUCCCCACAGUGAAAAUUCCCCAGCUCCUACUUUGCUGACACUUCAGAACAGCGGCAGUGGUGAGCCUCUGUUAGAAACCAUGGGAGACCCCGUGGAAGAGCUACGAGAGGCUGUAGAGAUGCUGAAUGACACAGUGAGAGAAAGAGGUCGGUCACAAAGCCACGACCAGGCUAUCCAGGAGCUGAUGAGCAAGCAUGCCAGCCUGGCAGUGCGUGUGGAAGAGUGCGUGUGCUUCAGCAAGGAUCUGAGCCUGGACAUCCUGGAGAAGGAGACAGACAUGGCCAUCCAGUGUGAGCCAGAUCGCUGUGGCCUAGAGGCUCUGCGGGAGGAGCAGGACCACCUGGAGAUUGACUACGAAAUCAUCAGGGAGGAGGUAAAGGAGUUGCAGGACCAGGCUUCUCGACUGAAGGAUCUGUGCCCAGAGAGAGUGCACAUACUAGAUGCAAAAAUUCAGGCUACACUGCAGGCCUGGAACGAGCUGGGAAAGAGCGUGACAGAGAACAAAUCACGUCUGAAAGAGUUUGCGCAGCUCCAGGACUUCUUCAGGAGCUACCUCGCCAUGAUCUCAUGGACAGAAGACACCAGGUCAUGCAUUUUCUCAGAUACCACCUUGCAUUUUGGGAAAGAUGGGCAGACAUCACUGGUUGCAGAGCUGGAUAUGCAAAUUGAGCAAAAGUUUGAGGAGUUUGAUGAACUGGCCUCCACAGGCAAAAAUCUUUUAGACAAGGAGCACCACCUCACACAAAUGGUAAGAGAGCGUAUGGAGGAACUGAGGAGUAUGCUCGGGUGGAUCUUGGUACACUGGAGGGCUCAAAAGCAACAGUGGCUCCACAAGAAGAGCAGACAGGAGCCUUCACAGGACAACAUUUACUUUGAGGCGACAAUGGGCCCGCCAUCAACAGAGAAUUCAGCUCCUGAGCCAGAGCCCUUCCAUUCUCAUCAAUCCCCGGUUGUCACCCCUACUGAAGACACAACAAAGGCAAGAAAUAGCCAGCCAUUGUGUUUGGUGCCCAGUCAUGCUGAGAAACAUAAAGAGGAGCCAUCAGAAGAUGGGUAUGAGAUCAUGAACAGCAUUGGACCCCAGGAUGAUCCUCCUAAAGCCAACGUGCUGGUGCUUAAAGAGGGAAGCAGCCCUCCUGUAGGGGGAACAGUCAACCUCAUCCUUAGCUUUGGUAACACAGGGGACAGCCAGGUUCAGGUACUUGACCUGCCUGCUGGGACAAAAGAGGUAGUGGAAGAGACCUCUGAGCCUGUCCACAGGGUAAGUACCUACUUGCAUGUCAAGGAUAACAACCUGGCUGCGGCCCCUGUGUAUGAGAGCAUCACCUUGCCCCGCCAAAAAAGCCGCUCCGCAGCCUCAGCCUCCCCGACUUUCUUGCCGUCCUCCUCUUUGCCAUCCUCCUCAGCACCUGCACUUCAGGGAACCAACGUAACUUUCCACAACACAACAGGGAACGGAGGCAGCUCCAUCUUCAGCAGCAUCAAGAGAAUGGGCAAGAAGCGGAAGAGGAAGAGAGACGCGCGUAGACACACUAUCCAGAAAAUCAUGGGAGUUGAGGAGCAAACAGAUGGGAUGCCUCAUUGUACCUCUGAGACAAUCACAUACGACACACAUACAUGGCCACUGAAGGAACAUCGAAGGAAGAAGAAGAAUGGGGAUGGAGUAGAAGCCAUUGCCUAUAUGAAGAAUCCUUUGCUGAGGGACAUUGAUACAGAGUGUUCAGGGGAAUACAGCAUUACUCCAUAUGCUGUUUCAGCAGGACCAACCACUACACCCACAGCAGGUCAGGUGAAAAGCCACUGCAGGUUCCUCUCCUUGGGUUCUGUGUUGAGUUUUGAUCUACCUAAAGAUAUGACUCUCAUCCCCAGCAUUCAGGACAUAAUUACUAUUGCCCCUCCAGAAUCGAAAAAAGUAGCCGGGACUGAUCCAGACCCUCACUCGCACAGACAAACAUUCCUGAGCUCUUUCAGACAGACUAGACCCACUCCCACUGUCACACAUGACACUUCAGCUGAAAGCAGCUUUGCUGAGACACAGCUAUCUACAUCUCUUGGGAAACAUCUUCCUGGUGUGGACAGCGGUUUACAACCUCCACCUUCUCCUUCUGUGGAGGAAGAUGAGGAUCAGACUGUACAAUGUAAUGAUUUAUCUAAAACCCAGGUGGCUCUUUGUGAGGAGGAAAAACAUGAGUGGGACAAAACAUUGUCAGAGAUUAAAACCAGCACAGCUGAGAAGGAUGGGACUGUCCCGCCUUCACAGUUGCAUAUUUAUGUGAACCAAGCCUCCACCUCCACUACAGCUAUACAUAAACACGAGUGCCUUAGUGUUCAUACACUCAUUAAAGACCUAAAUGGACACCAGUACCACAAAUGUGCAAGACCCCACAGUUUUCAUGAAGAGAGUCCUGGACUUCAGUCAAGCCAAGCUUCCUUCAUGAGAGUCAAUCUGAAGUCAACAAAGAGUGUUCGACAGGACUCUGUGGACUCUGGCAUCUCCACCUCCAGCAGUCUCAAGCUUUGCAAAGAUGAUGCUCCACGUUCUGAUAGCCUGCAGCCUAAAGGAGUGGUGAGGAAGCUUAUAUCUCUUGAAGUGGGAGGUACAGACUGCACUAAAAUAAGAGAAAAUGAUUCAACAGGUCCACCUUCACGCUCAGCAGUGAUAGAAACAGAGCCUGUCCACCUUGAUCACCAGCAGUUUGAGGAAGAGGAGGAAGAACUAGAGGACAUCUGGAACCAGACUACUAACUACAGGCAGAGCAUUUGCUCAGACAUCAUGUACCAGCCCAAUGAGGAAGAGUCCUUACCUUUAGACCAAGCCAAAGAGACACCUUCAGAUACAACCCCGACUGUGCUCUACAGAAAGCUCGUCACUGCCUCAGCACCCAACCUUCUUGUGGCUGAAUUCAAACUGCCCACCCACAUUCAGAACCUGCUGGGUUAUGACAAGGGCCAGAGUCCCAAAAAUCACCUUUCUCCACUGUCUAUAGGAGACAGAAGGUCCUGGGCAGCUUUUCCUAACAGGGAGCCAGCCAGCAAGACUUCAGUGACAGUGAACGAGACUGCUUCGGAUCCAGUGAAGCUACCUGAUGUAGGGGACAAUCAGAGAUACAUUUAUCAGUACAAAGAGGAUGAGGAGGAGGAAGAGGAGGUAGAGAAGGCAAAGGUGGGGGCGGAGGCAGAUGAGCACACAGGUUGCUUGAAGGACCCGUCAGUGAGUCUCCUGUCAGUUCAUAUGGGUUUGGAUGGGAUCUGUCAGCAAAGGAAAGCCUCACAGAGCCAAGAGGACUUGGAGAAACCUGAGGAGCAUGUGGCCUCAGGGUGGCACUGUUUCACCUCAAGUGGAAAACCUGAGCUGCAGUCUAUGGAGGGGAUGCUUGAGAGGAAGCACAAGCUGCAGCUGGGAGGGAAGAAAGCAGCCUCCAGAGGUUGGAACUCCUACCACGCUGUCCUAUAUAGACACACCUUGUGCUUCUACCAGGAUAGAAAGGAGACUCUGAGGAGUUCUGCAUGUGGCCUGCCAUUGAACCUCAUGGGAGCAGAGUGUUUACCUUUCCCAGAAUACACCAAAAAACCCAACUGCUUUCGAUUAAGGCUCCGUGAUGGGUCUGAAUAUCUGCUUAAUGCAUCUUCACGCUUUAUGAUGAAGAAAUGGAUGAUGAAAAUACAAGCAAGCACAGGUCAGACAGUGUGUAGGUCUUCAAUAUUAGGUGUCCCUUUUAAUGAAGAUCUCCCCAGUUCCUUAAAGCCCCCCUUCUGUUUUGGAUGUCAUGAUCCAGACGGUUGCCACUGUUCCUCUCAACAUGAUGUCACCCAACCGUUUCCCAGGCACAACCCACUGGGUACCACCCAGACCAAAGAAAUUGUUGUCCUCACCAGAGAGUUGAAUCACAUGCCACAGAGUCACUUCAAGCGUUUGGAUGAACAUUUAAUCUCAUCCUCAGAUGCGGGCUGCUGUGAUGUUGAUAAAGGCAGCUUAAAGCAGAUGAUGACUCACAAACUCUCUGGUGGCUUCAAAGACAACUCCUCUUCCUCUCCCCACUCCCCUUUAUGCAGCGGUCAGGACUGGCUAAGUAGCAAGCGUCGCUCCCACUCCUUUACUUCAUCAACUUACCAAAAGAUCAAACCCAUGCUGCGCACCCCUGGAGGCAAAGGCCUGGAAACAGGCUCCAACUACUGUGUGACUCUGGUGGUGGGAGACAAGUCAACAGACAGCACAUCAGCAAGCAGAAGCUCUGAGCCUCCACUGCUGGCUUUGGCUGGGUGGGAGCAGGACAAAUAUCAGGACGCAGCUCUGAGGAGCUACGUGAGCCUGCCGCGGCCACGCAACAAGUCUGUCUUCAAAAAGUUCUUUGGGAAAAGGGACCUCUGAGUUUAUCGAUGAUGAUUUAUAGAGAUUGAAAAAAAUCGUUAUGAAUGUGCAGUGCACAUAUUAAAAACAGUUACUACUGACCAUAUUUAUGAUUAAAAGACGUACCACAGUUUUAUUUUUGACUGAUUUUAUAGAAAUCACUUAGCUGGCUUGAAAGUCCUUAUAAUAAAUCAUUUUUAUGAGUGUUUAUAUUCUUUUUUGCUUUUCUUGUUCAAGCAAAAAGAAGAAAAGUGUAUGUGUGCACUGUGUAGUUGCAGAUUUGAAUCUGUAUUCCUUCUUUUUGUUUGAGUAGUAUUUCUCUUUUUUUUUGUAAUCUUUGUUUAGAAACCCACCUGCUCAGCAGAGGGUCUGUUUAGAAUCCCAGUGGUAUCAUCUUGACCUGGUUAUGACCAAGUAUUCACCAUAUCCUCAACUCACGAUGCUCGUUGUACUAUUACAUCUUUACAGCUCCUCUGUUUCACAUGUUUCAUGUGUGUGCGCGUGUGUGUAUGAGUUUGUGUGUGUGUGUGUGUGUGUGUGUGUGUGUGGUGCACCAAAAUAAUUUACUUAACCACAGAUCAGCAGUUUGAUACUGCCUGAGCUUGUUUGAUACAGAUAUUAAUGUAGCAGAGACUAUUAAUAA